UUGGCAUCAGUGAACGCAAAACAGUAGAGUGUGCUGUUUCUCCGUAGACAAAAUUAGUUAAAUAGUUGUAAUAAACCUGAAUAAUUAAUUAAAGUAAUUACAAAUGAUCAGAAAGGCAAUGGAUUUUCUAUUAGCGCAUGCAGAAAGUGAAAAAUUUGCGCGGCUUUAACGUAGCGUAACUGACUUGUCUAUUUUUAUACCAAACAUGGUAUUUUUCGAGUAGUUUGUAUGAGAACACUUCCGAAUGGCAUUCAAUUAUGCAAAUUUGGCCGAUAAUAUGUUGCCAGUUUUUGGGAGCAUGUCAAAUGGCGUCAGCUUGCCAAACCAUCCGAACUUCAUUAAUCAAUUGGCGGCUGCCAUUACGACUGCCACGGUGGGCGUUGCCACGCCCACAGCAACAAAUAACAGCAAUAACUCCUCAGCCCAAGCAAGUGCGCCAAUGCCAAACAAGACAACGGUCAACAAAUUGAAGCCGCACAACGCGCAGGGAAGUGCUCCAAUGGAUUUGGAGAAUGACAACGAUCUGGAUGAAUCGGAUGCUGCCAAGUCAGCGGAUAAGCUACCGGGGACAACUCUAACUCUACCCGACGCCCAGCAGCUUUAUUUAAAUGGUCUGAUGCACACGCCACCCGGUUACUUGUACUUUCCUGCAGCACAGAGCGCAGCAGCGGUGACAGCAGCAGCGACUACGCCCAGUGGCGCAACAGGAUCAGCGGGAAAUGCAGCCAGUACAAGUGCGCAAAUGUUGAUGGAUCCUACGGCAAUGAUGGCGGCCGCCAUGCAGCAAAUGCAGCACAAUUAUGCAGCUGCUGGAUAUGCGGCUGCAGCUGCAGCAGCAGGCAUGCCGACCGACGCAACAGAUGCCAGCCUCUCCACCGACGGCCCUACUACAGGACUGAAGGAGGUGAUCAAGACUAAGAACUGUAUAUUGUUUCCACCAAAUCCAAACGCACCGCCUCCUACGAUACGCGAACGUCCUCCCGGCUGUCGCACGGUGUUUGUGGGUGGUCUGCCGGAGAACAUUACGGAGGAAGUUAUACGGGAGAUAUUUGAGUCAUGCGGAGAGAUAACCACAUUACGCAUGUCCAAGAAGAACUUUUGCCACAUACGCUAUCGCCAUGAGACAGCCAUCGAUCGUGCCAUUUACUUAUCCGGCUAUCGACUACGCAUCUCCAGCCUAAACGAGCCGCCCAACUUUGGACGCUUGCAUGUAGACUAUGCACAGGCUCGUGAUGAUCAGUAUGACUACGAGUGCAAGCAACGUCAGCUGCAGCGGGAGCAACGUCAUCGGGAACGCAUGUCGCUGGAUCGCAUGCGUUCGCAAUCGCCGCCUCCCAUACCCCAUUAUACGGAUCAUGAGGCCACCGCCGUGGCGGAGCAUUUGCGCAAUAACGAGACAUUUGUGAAGGCCAUUCAAACAAUAGCUGCUUGGCUUGAGCGUGGCGAUUGCACCAAACGCAAUGCAAAUGUAUUUUACUCAAUGAUUCAGAGCACUCAUGCGCAUGUGAGGCGACUCCAUGCGGACAAACAGCAGGUGGAGGAGGAUCUGCGAAAGGCGAGAGAGUGCUAUCGCAAGCAGAUGGGCACCAUGUGCACACAAUUCACUCAGAUUGAAAAAGUGUUCAAUGCCGCUAGUCACAAGAAGGUUUGGGACCAUUUCACCAAAGCCCAAAGAAAAAACAUCGAUCAAUGGAAGAAAUUGGCCACGGAACUUCGAACGGUCCAGAUCGAUGAUGACGAAAUGGAAAUCUCUGAUGAUGACUACGAGAAACGUCCUAAACGCACUCGCUACGACAGCGACGGACUAAAGGAUGAGAACGACUCGCUGCGCUGUCAACUGGAGGCCAUUCGCAAUGAGAUGUCUGUGGAGCGUAGCGAUUGCCUGCAACGGGAAAAGCAAAUCAAGGUGUUGCAGGAAACAAUACGUAACAUGCAGACACAGUUGUUGCAGACGAAGCUACGCGAGCAGAAAGACAUCAAGACCAUUGAGCAGCUUGAGAGAAAUCUUAAGGAGGCCGGCGUCAAGCAGUUGCUGCUCAAAACUAAAAUCAAGGAAACUGCGGAUAAGCUAAAAGACAGAGAAGCAUACAGCGCUAGUGUCUCGAAUGCUUCCAAUGUUGACUACAGCAGCGGGGACUCGUGCAGCCGAAAUGAGGAUAAUGGCACGGGAAAGGAAACAGCACCAGAGCUGGAAAUAAUCGACAUCGAUAAAGUGGAUGAUGAUGUGCGUAUUAUCGAGCAUCAAAGCGGCGUCGUCGAGAUCCAUGAGAUCGAGGAUGACGAGAAGCUGGAAGCCAAUUCAAAUGCUAAUCAAGUUGUUGUUGAAGAAGACAAAUCCAGUCAAACUACAGAGCAGCCAUGUCGGAAGACCGUUAAUGUGGCAACAUCGGCCACAUCAGAGAAUAACUUCAAAUUGCUGGCACUUGCCGAGGCAAAGGUUAUAGCAUUAACCUCCGCUUAUUUGGUGUUGCAUCCACAUGGUGUGGACAUUAGCAGCAUUGCCAGUUACCUGCGAGGCAUGCUACAUAAAUCCCUUGAGCUAAUAAGCAACGAGGAGCUCGCUAUUAUAUUAACUAAAUACACAAAUCUCUUCAAGUCUGAGCAGUCCAAAUGGAGUUUCUGUGGUUUCACCGACGAACCUUUGGAUGCAAGUGCAAUCGAGACAUACUAAAUGUCAAACGUUAACAAAAACAACAACAACAAACAAACUAACAAACAA